CUCCCCCAGUUGAAUUCUAUCAUCUCUCACCACGAAUAACGCUGGCCGCAUCAGGUCUUCGGGCCUUGUCGUAUCAUGGAUGUCUCUAAGUAGCUUUGAGGAUAUGAGAUCGAGAAUUCUUAAAUUAACCUGAACACUCCCCCUUCCGUUGACAAAUCCGAUCGCAAUCCCGCGAGGACCGACAACAAUACAUCAAACAUGCGAAAUUACGCUACCGCAGCCCUUUUGCGAAGCCGACUCCCCGACGGACGGACGCAGGGCAUGAGUUUCCUCCCUUUUCUGCGAUUGAGUGGACUAUCAAAAUCGGAUUUCCCCAAGUUAUGCACGGAAAGACCCAACCGUACUUACGAGACAAUAUCCGAAGACGAACUGUACAGAUACUCCCGACAUCGAUGGCUGCUCAACGAGCAGAAUGAGCUUUCCAAGCGCUACGUUAGAUUCAAUCUACAGCGGCUAAUAGAAGUUGCUCUCAAUGUUUGCGACGGAGCUCGAAAUUGCACCAGAGUUCUAAAGUGCUUAGAGGGUUUGCGCAAUAAGGCUUUCAUCUUGACUAUGGACAACGGUGCGGAGGUUUUUGCCAAAAUCCCGAAUCCAAAGGCAGGACCGUCCCGAUUCACAACGGCCUCUGAGGUGGCUACGCACGAGCUGUUACGCGAUGUACUCAAGAUUCCUGUUCCUCGUAUUCUUGCUUGGUCCUCCGAUGCCGCGAACAAUCCCGUUGAAGCAGAAUACAUCGUUUCGGAGAAGGCACCUGGAAUCAGGCUUGGCUCUGUUUGGAAUCAAUGGCCGCGAGAGGCCAAAUUAAAGGUGAUUACACAGAUUGUGGACAUGGAGAAUACAUUGACCGCCGUAUCAUUUCCCAAGCACGGCUGUAUCUAUUUCAAAGACGAUUUGCGCUCAUUGACUGGGAAAGCGGAAGAUAUCAACAUCGACUCUUCCAAUGCCGAAUCACUCAGUCGCUUUUCUGUAGGGCCUCUCACAUCUGCGGAGCUUUGGGAGGAAAGCAUAAGAGAACUGCAACUUGAACGUGGUCCCUGGCUGGACCCCCGUGAAUACACUCAGGCGCUAGGACGCAAUGAGAUCGCAUGGAUUCAAUCGCACGGUCAACCUCGAAUGAACUACUACAGGUCAACUGAACAUUACAAGCUUCCCAGUGAAGGGCUUGCUCUUCUCACUCAGUACAUGAACGUGGCACCUUACCUGGUUCCAUCAACGACGGAUGAGGCAGCGACGUCCAAAGUACUCUGGCACCCUGAUCUUCAUCUUGACAACGUGUUCGUUGAUCCGGCCACCUGUGAAAUCGUCUCGGUUGUGGACUGGCAGUCUUCAUGCAUCGCCCCAUUAUUCUACCAGUCAGAGAUUCCCAAGAUGUUCCGACACCAUGGGCCUGUUCGAGAAGGUUGGGUUGUACCAGAACGACCUGCGAAUUUUGACACUCUCAGCGAAGAGGAGCAAAUGAAGGUUGACGACAAUCUAGAGAGUGAGACCAUACACAAGUACUACGAAGCUCAGGUGUAUAAAAGAGCCCCUCGUCACUGGGCAGUCCUUCAGCAAUCAGCAAUCCAAACUCUGCGGAAGCCUGUCUGGCUGGUGAGCAAGAUGUGGGAAAACAAAGAUCUUUUCUUUUUCCGUCAAUCGCUCAUAUUCCUCGCCAACCAAUGGAAUGAGAUAUUCCCGAGUGAUGGGCCACCCUGCCCUAUUGAGUUCACGGAUAAAGAACUUGAGCUUCAUUCCAAGGAGGAAGAAAAUAUUGAUGGUAUUGGGCAUAUGCUUGCAAUGUUUCAGGACCAAGGUGUGCUUCCGGUUGAUGGCAUGGUUGAUCCCGGUGAUUAUGACAUUGCCAAUGAAAACAACCGCAAAUUUAGAGAUAUCUUCAUUGGGCUGGCUGAGAACGAAGCUGAAAGGGAGUUAUAUGCAAAGCUCUGGUCGUAUCAAUCGUGAAACUUAACCAACCG